AGUGCAGAUGGUGGAUGCUCAGGGCCGAUCAGCAGUGACACUGGACCUGUCGCCAUGAACUUCGGUGUCUCAUCACUUCUUCUCGGCUUCCUCAUACUUCCUCAAACUGCCAGUUAUCCACCUGGCUCUUGUGAUGGAUACACCAACCUAACUCAACCGUGGCGCAACAAAAACUUUGUAACCACGAUCCAGGCCAACGACGACUGGAAUCUCCGGAACCAGUGGUGGCGCUUCACGGGGAUCGGAGGAGACAGGAUCAUCGCAGCCUGUAUUCCGCCCUACUACGGCGGCACAGUGAGCCCCCUUUACGUCCCGUUUGUGUAUCCGACCAGCGAUUCUGCCACGCCGACCACUGGCACUGCGUAUGGUAUCUAUACGAAUUGUCAAGAUUUAUCUGCAAGUAUAAACGUGGUCAUGUGUCCAGGAGGAUUCUACAUCUAUCAGCCCUUCACCUUGAACUAUUACGUCACAGCUGGAUAUGUAACUUACCACUAUAACUGUCAGACAGAUUCUUGUGGACCCAACGCCAUGUGCUCUGCUGACGGAGGCUGCGUGUGUGUCCCUGGGAUGGCAAUUCCCUACGGUUACUGGCCGGAUUCGUCUUCAUAUGGUUGCUCCGACAUUAACGAGUGCCAAGUAUCUGGGAUCUGUGGCCCCGCCUCCGUUUGUGCCAACACCAUUGGAUCGUACAUCUGCAGCUGUCAGACCGGAUACAUCGCCACCAAUUCGUCCGCACCGCCGGGGAGCACCAACCCAUGCACAGAUAUCAAUGAAUGCCUGGUGGUUGUCUGUGAAAAUGGGCAGUGUGUCAACAACCCAGGAAGUUACCGGUGCGCUUGCUACCAAGGUUACCAAAUCAACACUACAGCACCAACUGUUUGCCAAGACAUAGACGAGUGCCUGAACACAGCAAUUAACUGUGGCCCCUACGCCAACUGCACCAACACUCUUGGAUCCUUCACCUGCACCUGCCUGGUUGGAUUCAUUGCAACGAACCCGACUGCACCGGUGGCGUGGAACAACCUGUGCUUGGACAUCGACGAAUGUCUCCAGAGUCCGAAUCCCUGUGGACCUGGGACGUGCCUUAACAACCCAGGAAGUUACUCAUGUGCCUGCUACCAAGGCUACUUCCUGAACCCAGACCUUAUACCUCAAUGCCAAGACAUUAACGAGUGCCAGACGACACCAGGAAUCUGUGGGCCCUAUUCAAACUGCACCAACACCAUUGGAUCAUACGGCUGCACCUGUCUGGUUGGAUUCACUGUAACAUAUUCAGGCAGCCCACCUUCACCGGCCAACCCGUGCAUAGAUACUGAUGAGUGCCUGCAGACUGGAAUGUGUGGGCCCUAUUCAAACUGCACCAACACCCUUGGAUCCUACCUGUGCAGCUGCCUGGUUGGAUUCAUUGUAGCCGAUUCAACGAUACCACCUGCACCCGCCAACCCGUGCACAGAUAUUAACGAGUGUCUUGAAAAUAUUUGUGGAAGUGGGCAGUGCUACAACAACCCGGGAAGUUACGUGUGUGUUUGCUACCAAGGCUACCAAGUGGUGCCUGAUGCGACGCCAGUUUGCCAAGACAUAGAUGAGUGCACUCAGCAGCCUGGUAUCUGUGGUGCACAAGCUUUGUGCGACAACGAACCCGGCACCUUCUGCUGCUACUGUCCCAGUCAGUUCUACCCUUCGACCGGCGUCGCCUGGGUUUUGGGCACCACCGUUUGUAAAAAUCUUAACACACUUGUACAGAACACUGUGCCUCCAAAGGGUAAGACAAAACAGAGGGCUUUCCUUGAUCAACUGGAUCAAGAUGUUGAAAACAACGUGAAUGUCGUACCAGCAGCGACGGUGGGCGGCAUGGUGGCUGCGUGUAUGGUACUGACCAGCCUCCUUCCAGGUCCGGAUCAUAUUCUGUCUUGCAUGUCUGUAUAUUUAGAGCUGUUGUUGUUGCAGAACGUGGGAGCCGCUAACGUGAGCAGUGAAGGAGACGGAGAGACUGGGGGUUUAAUUCUGAACAUCACUGAGCGCUUGGUGGCGUCCAUGGUCUCCCUGCCGUACGCCUCCACCACGAUGCAUCUGCAGACCCCAUUCAUGGAUUUGAGCUUGGUGACCAUUGGGCCUGGAUAUAAGUAUGGGGAAACAAUCAUCCUCUACUCCCAAAACAAUUCCAUGGAGAUCAACUUGUACGAUACAUCCAGGGCCAACGACGGCAAGAAUGAAGAGAACUGUUCAUUUACACCCCCAGGUUUUGCAGGAGCUGGUUUUUGGACACUGAAUGGGAUAGACACUCUCCUCAGCAAACAGUACUUCAAAUCCCAGACAGAGCCUGAAAUGUUCUCGGCUGUUGUGUCUGCACUGUUACUGCCCCUUAACAACGCCCAUCUCACCCAGCUCGUCAACUUUACCCUCCAGCAUAAGGAUUUUCAGCAAAUCCCACAGUACGGGACAGUGUCCUGUGUGUACUGGGACGAUGGGAGGCAAACUGGUAAAAUGCAGUGGGCGACAGAGGGCUGCUGGCCUACCUACUCCAAUGAGACCUACACUGUGUGCAGCUGUUCACAUCUGUCCACGUUUGCCCUCAUCAUGCAGAUCGGGGAGCCGCCGCCUGAUAAUCCUUUCAUCGACUGGCUGAACCGCGUGUGUGUGACCAUUGGACUCUUCUUCCUCACUCUGGCCAUCAUCACCUUCCUCCUGUGUAGCUGGAACCCCAAGAUUAACAACACGGCCCGCCUCCACCUCUGUAUCAACCUGGCCUUGUCUCAGCUUCUAAUUCUGUGGGAUAGUAACUAUCUGCAGGAUAAGCUGGCCUGUAAGGUCAUGGCUGGGCUCCUUCACUUCUUGGUCAUCGCCAGCUUUGUGUGGAUGCUCCUGGAGGCGCUGCAGCUUUUCCUGCUCGUCCGAAAGCUCACCAAGGUGCAGGUGAUUCAGCGCGACGGGCUGCCCCGGCCCCUGCUGUACGCGGUCGGCUACGGGGUUCCGCUGGUGAUCGUGGGCGUGUCGGCGCUGGUGUAUUCUGACGGAUACGGCGCGACGGCGGCUAAGGCGUGCUGGCUCAUGACCGAGAGGAAUUUCAAUUGGGCUUUAACAGGACCUGUGAUUGGUCUUCUUGCAAUGAACUGGGUGGUGUUCUGUGCCACUCUAUGGAGUCUUAGACCCACAUUGGCCAACAUGAAAAGUGACGUUUCUCAAUCCAAGGACACCAGAUUGAUCAUGUUCAAGAUCCUGGCCCAGUUCGUCAUUCUGGGCUGUACCUGGGUUCUGGGCCUCUACCAGACCAACAUUUUCUUUGAGGUCCUCUUCAUUAUCCUGAACUCCCAGCAGGGAACUUUCCUCUACAUUAUCCACUGUCUUCUUAAUAAAGAGGUGCGGGAGGAGUACAUACGAUUCUUGACGUCUUUAAGCAAAGACGGCUCUGUGAAAAGUGAACUCACGGUCUCUGAGGACUUGAGCAAAGCUCAUUAAAAGAUGGAGGAAGAAACAGAAUCCCGUGUCUACACAAGGUUUAAUGGAAAAUAAACAAGACACAUUUGAUUCUGAGCAUCUGAGGACUGAACGUUUUUAGUUGAACUGUGUAUAGUGAGUUACAAAAUGUUAGUCUAUCUCUGUUAAGUAGUUUGGAAUGUGUUAGUUUCCAUCAGUGUAAAAUAUAAGAAUGUGUGAAGUUUUACUAUUUCACGUCCAAACCAUGUUAGAGCUCUGUUGUUUUUACAUUAUUUCUACCCUGUUUUGGUAAAUGAUGGAGAAUUAGCUCAGAUCAGAUGAAGAUUUGUUGGAAUUGCCUCCUCCUACAUCAUUUGUUUGGGUGUGGGAGCUUUUAAAAACAUCUUAUUGCCUUCACAGUCUUCAUUUUCUUCUCCUUUUCAUUUGUAUCAUAUUUACAUGAGAGCCAGGGCACUGACAGCUCACGCUUUACAAGACAAAUUGAAGGGAUGAACAAAGUUUGUAAAGUUCCCUGCUGUCACCUCAGGUGGAGUCGGACUGACAUGCAGUGGACACAAACACGCAGAGUCCCGCUGACGUGAAAAUGACGCCACCUGUUACAGAAAUGCGCCUUGAGCCGUUCAUCAUCCUUGAAAGGCAGCACUAAUGUGCACUCUGCUUCUGGCAGAGAGCCAUUUUCCUUUAUAAUCUCUGCUACGUCCUUGGAAUAUAAAUCAGUUUACUUUAUCAUAUUUUUACAGGGAUAAUGCACAUUAAUUCAAUUAUUGUAGUUCUGUCACCACCAUUAAAAUCCUGUGUGCUCUUCUAAUCGCCCCUUCACACAAAACACCAAGUAACUUAAUAAUACACAUUAGAGUUGUUGUACAGUUAUUUAUUUAAUAUUUAUUAUGUAUGUUUUUAUAAUUUAUUGUUUACAGCCAAGUUAAAAGUGGGUUAAAGUAAUUGACGCGGUAGAUUUGCACUUUUCCAGAUUUACUGCAUGGAGACAAUGCUGCAAUACUUCUAUCUCCCUCAAGAUGGCGGCAUUUAGUCGCCCACUGUGUAAUGAAGUAGUGUAUUAAGUAAUAUUGAUCAAUAAUUAGAGAAGUUGUGACGUCACUGUAGCUUUGUAUCUACUUAGUUGCAGCUACAUUUUUUCUGUCAAACCCUGUGUUUCACUGCUCAGCCUUCAGCAUCCUUCCAUUCAUGCUCACGUCUUCAGCAUCUUGUCCUGAUAGUUCAUCUAGAGGCCACCUACCAAUAAAACCUCAACAUCCACAGGUCUGGGAGAUUUUUGUUAGUCAACACUGGUUCAGUAGCUUCACCGGUAAAAUCAAUCCCAUGCUGCUGACACACUUGCUGAUUUUUGUGCACUUUUCCAUAAGAGCCACAAGGUGCUACUAAAGCGCCGCCGUUUACUGACUGAGUGGGUUUAUGGCAGCUGUGGGUUCCAACCAUGAACCAUGUUCAUUUUUUGCGAUUGAUUUCUGCACAAAAUAAUACUAAAACCGAAUCAGACGAUGACUAAGAUGUGGUUUGACAGAAAUAAAACUGAAUGAACU